AAUCUAAGGAGCAGAACCUAUGAAUCUACCUCCUGUCAUAACAUCAGAGUUUGAGCCGGAGUAUUUUGUACCGAUCUUUCAUUCUACUCCAUUAUCCUUGUUUUGCCAAGCAAAUAACACUGUAGUCAGGUAUCAGUGGUAUAAAAAUGAUUCGAAUAUUGUGGAAAAUGAUCGCGUUUCCUAUAAUCCGUCAACUGGUGAAAUCGUCUUCAGAAAUCUAGAAAAAAAGAACUUUGGUGUUUAUUAUUGUAUGGCAGAAAAUAAGUUUGGAAUUUCAGUCUCAUUGUUUGUCAAAUUAUUGGAAGCAGUUCUUGACCAAUUUUCUCCAAUAUCGAAUGAAGAACAAACUUGCAGGGAAUAUCAUCAUUGCGCACUUACCUGUCAUAAUCAGCCACUUUGCCAACCAAAAACUGAAUGUAUGGUAGAAUGGAAACUUGGAUAUGGAACCUCAAAAAAUGUGUUUAAUAACAUAUCUGAAACCAUGGAUCGUGAGGGUAAUAAAAUCUUGUAAAUCAUCUACAAUUGAAGGUUUGCUAAAAUAGAUGUUCCAAAGGCUACAGCGCCAAUUUAUACUAAAAAUAUCUGUAUUUUCAACUUAGAAACCACAUUUAGAGUAAGAUUAAAUAAGUUCUAAUAUAUUGAAGAAAAAAUU